GCACUAAAAACAUCUAAACACUUUUCCACCUCUAAUGUGACAAAUAAUCUGCAUGAUUCAAAUGAAAAGCAAAUAUCACGGGAAAUAAUAUAAUAAAUAACAGCGGUAUAUUAUCUACAGUGGUCAUUUAAAUUUCUUCACUUUGAGUUUAAAGAAUGCUGAUAAAAUAUUACAUUUUCCUUAAAGGGUAUUUACUGCGAUAUAGCUUUAUAAGUCCCAAAAUCCACAUCUGGUUGGUUGAUCAGCUUGUGACGUCCCCCCAAUCCCACCUGAGGAAAGAUGAAAGCGAAACUUUUAAUAAAGCUUACAACUUCUACAAGCUUAACGAAUAUUAUGAAGGUUCAUUGCUGUUUCACAAAACUCGUCCUACUUCGUUUUACUAGUAAAUUGUUCAUUUAUUCUCAGAAUUAUUGUUUUGCAUUCAUUUUUUACUCAGUUAAAUCAAUUAGAAAUAAACCAUAAAUUGUUAAACAAAACCAAUUAUUCCGUAUAAUAAAUUGCAUCAUUGAUUACAUUUCAUUAUCGAUGAAAUCUCAAUCUAUUUCCCUUUAUUGUAGACAUUAAUUCAUGUCAUUUCAAAAAAUGCUUUCUUAAUCCCAGAGGGAAAUUAAGACGCACAAUGCCGUUUUUUCUAAUCUGAUAUCUUUUAUGGAAAAUUUAUAUACAUGUCAAAACAAAAUAAAAUUGGCCAACUGCCAUAAAUAUAUAUUUAUAAACAUUGUCUUCAAGCUUUAUGCGCUGGACUUUUUGUCUUCAAAUACCUAUGAUUAUUUUUAAAAGCUGUUGAAGUGAACUCGCUCGCAAGAGCUGACUCUGUCGGAUUGAUGAUGACAUCGAGCCUGUUAGCGCGCAGUUUGGAGACGGCUCGCGCUGCUCUCUGAUUGGCCCGGGAGUUCCCAAAGGCACUUCAAAGGCGCAAAGGAUCUACAACUGGUAAAGGGAACGGAGACGAAACCUCAGACUGAUUGGAUCCAGUCAGGGCACACACACACACACACACACACCCACACACUCAGAGACAAACACAUUGAUCCCCGUCAAAGGAAGGCAUCACCGCUCAGUUUAUGGCUGCACUGUUAGGCGAAGAACCAAGGCUGGGCAGCACCCCGCUGGCAAUGCUGGCCGCCACCUGCAGUAGAAUCGGGGACCCGACCCCUUCCUGCUCCCCUGCUGUGUCAGAUGGAGUCCCGGCAUUCGCCAAAGGGUUUCAUCCCUGGAGAAAGACUUUCCAGGCCAACAGCAGCGCGAUCGCAGUUUCCUCUGGGAUCCCCAGGAAUAAUGGUGCAGGACUGACAUCAGAGGCCUCCAGCGCCUUCUCAGUGACACUUCCAAGCUCUUCUUCAGGGAGUGAUUUUUCGCUGUACCACAGCGCCGUGUCACCCUAUGAUUACGAUGUUUCUGACUCCGCGUCCGCUCAGCGCCCGAUGUUCAUGCCAAAAUUUCCCCCCUCGGUGGAAGGCAUAGCAGGGAUUUACCAGAGGAUGAAUCCUUACGAUUCCUGGAGAAAGCCAGCUGGAGAGGUCAGCAACGGGCCUGCGGUAUGGUGGGACACGGGCACCAGCUGGGUGGACUCGCAGAACUCAGCCGGGUUACAGUGCGCCUUGAGCGGCUACAGUAACGACUACAGCCCCGCCUUCAGCACCGGUGCGUCUCAGCACCUGAUCCCCGGCGCGCAGCACAUGUUUGACGGCUUCCGGCCACCUGCCUACACGGAGUCUACGAGCGCACGACCACCACCUCCUCCUCCUUCGACGGGGACCCCUGCUGUUCCUCUACCCAGCCCCUCCCGGUCCUCGUCGCGCAAAUACGCUGGUAGAGCUACCUGCGACUGUCCAAACUGUCAGGAGGCAGAGAGCCUCGGUCAGGGGGGUUCGAGUCCACGGCGGAGGGGCGUGCACAGCUGUCACAUCCCGGGCUGUGGAAAAGUUUACGGCAAAACCUCCCACCUGAAGGCGCACCUGCGCUGGCACACCGGGGAGCGGCCGUUUGUCUGCAACUGGCUCUUCUGCGGGAAACGCUUCACGCGCUCGGACGAGCUCCAGCGACACGUGCGCACGCACACCGGCGAGAAGCGCUUCGAGUGCAACAUGUGCCAGAAGCGCUUCAUGCGCUCCGACCAUCUCAGCAAACACUUGAGGACGCACAGUUCUGAGGGCUCCGAGGGCUGCGUGGACCCGGGGCCCCAGAACGGGAGCGGCGACACCGACAGAGGCGCCUCUUGCCCGGGAGAAUCACCGGGCCUGGAAAAGGGAGGCCAGCGCGAUAAGCUCGAGAGACCGGCGGAAAAACAGUCACAACGAGUAGGAAUUUGAUGACAGCAGGGCUGAAACGGGUUUUCUGUGGACACUGAAAGACUGAACUAGCACUUUAUGGUUAACUUCAGUUGUGAAGUGUGUGAACACUGUUUCCUUACCUCAUCUGAUCGUCGCAGCCUUAAAAGAAAUGUUUUCUUCAGUUUCUUGGUCACGUUUGAUACAUGCGCCUAAAUUAUUCCACGUGCUUUUCACAUUCAAUAAUUCUUUUGAAUCAUCCUGAUGCAUCUGACAAGUACGCACGUAUUUAAGUUUAUGUUCUUAAAUAUCUUACUUUGCAAAACUAAAUUGUUAUAAUUUAUCAUUGCUUGUACCUGGUGUUAAAUUAAUAAAACAGGAGAAAUUUGCAAGAUUUA